GCCCCGCCCCGCGCCGGGAGCGGCGGGAGGCAAGAUGGCGGCGCUGGCUGGGCUGUGCGCCCUGCCCAGCCUCUACCGUGUUGCGCUCUUCGUCUCUCAGCUCUACGUUCUCUCCGGCCGCGCGGGAUCUUUGAUGACCACAAAGCAUUCACAACCACAGUCUACGUUUGCAAAAAGUCUAACUUCAGCAAGUACAAAUACUCCUUAUUUUAAAGCAGCAGAAAGUACAGAGAUUCCGUCUUACGUGACUAAAUGUCCUAGCAAUGGGCUUUGCAGUAGAUUGCCACCUGAUUGCAUGACAUGUAACACAAACUAUUCCUGUAUAUAUGGGAAGCCAGCCACUUUUGAUUGCAAAGUCAAGCCACACGUUCAUUGUAUUGAUGAGAAUAACCAUGAGCAGGAGAACUUUACAAUUAACAUGACCUGCCAGUUUUGCUGGCAGCUUCCAACAGCUGAUUAUGUAUGUACCAAUUCGACCAGUUGCAUGACAGUUUCCUGUCCACGACAACGAUACAAUGCCACUUGCACAGUACGGGAUCAUAUUCAUUGUCUAGGUAAUCGUGUCUUUCCUAAGAUGCUCUAUUGCAACUGGACUGGAGGUUAUAAGUGGUCUACUGCCUUGGCAUUAAGCAUCACCCUUGGUGGAUUUGGUGCUGAUCGUUUCUAUUUGGGCCAGUGGCGGGAAGGUCUGGGAAAACUCUUCAGCUUUGGUGGACUUGGAAUAUGGACACUGAUUGACGUGCUACUAAUAGGUGUUGGCUACGUGGGACCUGCAGAUGGUUCUCUCUAUAUCUAAAUGUGGAUGCACCAUGUUUUGGGGAAGAGUGAUUGCUCGGAUAGAGUUCUAAAUGAAAGAAUGUAGAGAUCUGAGCCUCUAAGGUAGAAUGAAGAAGAAUGUUUGUUCUGUGUACAUACAUUUUAAUGUACAGUAUCUGUACUUAGUAUACCUUUAACUAAGGGAAAAUAAAAGUGUGGAUCACUGAGUUGAAAUUGAUUUCCUUCCUUCUAUGGACAUGCUGUUUUUCUAUGAAAAAGGCUAGACAGCUAGCCAAAUUCUGCCCUGUGCUUCAACUUGGGUGAUCUGUCAGGUACCAAAAGAGAUAAAAGCUAACACGAAUAUUUGAGAUGUGAGAUGUUUACUUCAUGUUUGUAUGCUUGAAUUUAACUUUAAACCUAACUUCCCUAAAUAUAUCACUACUUAUUUAUUUUUUUCAUAUUUGUGGGAGGGUAAUUUAUUUGUUGGAAUUCCUCUAGCAGUAUGUAGAUCCCUAUGGUUUAUGGUGUUAAUUACAUUCAUCUGUGUUUGGGAUAUGGCAAGAGCUAACAUUUGCUUAGUUAUUUGUUGACAUAAAAUUGUUAAGACUUUAGGAUUGUAGUAGCACAAAAAGCUAAAUAUGAAACAAUUGAAAUAGAUUUUAGAAUUGUUUCAGCAUAUCUUUAUUUUGGUCGGGUUUGACCUGCAUAUUGGUGAAAAGUGCAGUUGUAUUCCUGUGCUAGCAAACUUGCUAAGUUAAUGAGAAGAAAAAAAGGUUGGCGAGAUACUAGAUGCAUGUGUGCCCUUAGGACAUGGUAGCAAGUCGCUGAGCAGCCUGCAGUGCCAUGGCAACACAGCUCAAGACCCGGGCGCUGCCUACCGGUGUCGCACCAGCCGCCUCUUGCCCGUCCCUCUACCCUACCUUGGACCUGGGCUGUCGCUUCGGCACUAGAUCUGAAAAUCAUACCACUUGAAUAAACUUGAACUUGAAGCUGUUACGGAA